AUGUUCAAAUUCCUGCAGGACAUAGAUGUGGCGAAGAGGAAGCUCCUAAACACCAUUAACAACAAAUUGGCGCUGCCCAACGGAGACGAUGAGUGCCUCUUCCAGGGGGACGAACCCACCAUGAGCGGCGCACUGGGGGCGGGGGAGCGCUCGCUCCUAAGAAGGGGGGAGAGCAGCGAGGAGGAUUCAGGCCAAUCUGACGAGGGAGAUGCAAGCCAACCCGACGAGGGAGAUGCAAGCCAGCCCGACGAGGGAGAUGGAAGCCAACCCGGCGAGGACAAUUCAAGCGAACCCGACGAGGACAGUUCAAGCCAAUCUGACGAGGACGACUCAUUUGAACCCAGCGGUGAUGCGAAGGGAAGUGCGCGAAGUGGAUGUGAGGAGGAGGGAAAAAGGGAGGAAGAAGCGGUAGGGGUGGCUGCAAUCGGGGCGGCAGACUGGGUUGCGUGUAGAAGGAAGAAGAAGGAGACACGAACGGGGCAGUCUCGCCGGGGGAGCGAAGUUAGCACGGAGGUGGGAGCCAUUCGGGGUGCUCAUCCAAUCAGAGGGCGCAUCGAACGGGGCGAACACGGCGAAAGCGCUAAACGGGGCAGCCGAGCCACGCCGCGCGACGAAGUAGCCGAGCUGCGGAGGAGGAACAAAAUUCUGAACGACAUAAACGAGAGACAAACGAAGCAGCUGCUGCAGCUGUCGUGCCAGCUCUCCUCUAACAUUAAAAGUGACUCUGAAGGAAGCGAGCGAAACUACAUAAGUGCUAAGGUAGACGCUAUGGAGAGGCAGCUAACCCAACUGAAGGGAGAAAUCGCCACAUUGGAAGAACUAGCAAGUGAUAAGAAUGCAUACGUAAAGAAAAGCUACGAGUUAGGAUGUUUAAUAAAAUCGUUGGAGGGUACUCUAAAGGAGAAGUCCCUCCUGUGUGUUUCCCUAUGGAGGGAGAAACUCAAACUGCAGCAAAGCUACUCCAGCGGUGGUGCCAACUGCAGAGCAGAGGGGCACGCCAGCAGAGACUCCCCAGAGGAACUCGCCCGCAAGGUUAACAGGUACAAAUUUGUUUUAGGCGAAUGGAAGUCCCUAUCGGUUAGACGCAAAAAAAAAGAAGACGCGGAAUUGAAAGAAACAAAAAAGCUGCUGUCACAGCAGGUUGCAAAAAAUGAAAUGCUGGAAAGAAACAAUCAAACGCUUUUGGAGAGGGUGAGGUCGCUCGACAGGGGUGCACAGGGAGGUGGCGCAGUGGGCAGCGGGAUGGACAGCCACCUGGGCAACGGGAUGAUUAGCCGCCAAGAGGGGGACCACCCCCAAACGAAGGAACUCCUAGACGAAGUGAACUUCCUAGCGAGAGAAGUCGAAAGGCUGCGGGAGGACCAGCUGCUCCUGCAGGAGGACGUGAAGAAGAAAAGCACCAUCAUCGUUCACCUUAUAAAGAAGCACGCCCUCAGCGAGGAGCAUUUCAGGUUAGACAGCAGCCUCCCCAUUCUGAAGAACCAACUCACGUACGCAGAAAUGAGGAAGAUCAUGGAGGAGACCCUCGUCGAAAACAUUCGGCUUCGCUCGGACCUGGCCACCUUGGCCAAAUGCGUCAAGGGUGACGGCGCUGGGCAGGACAACCCUCGUGGGUAG